AUGGGGAAAUCAUUCCCAACACAGCUGAAACCGCCAGAAUGUUCUCGGUGUAAAAGCAGUGCAGAAUACUACUGUAGGACAUGUAAACAAGAUUUAGAAAUCAAAGAACUCUGGUGGAGCAUGAUGAACAAAGGUGCUGUGCUAAAGAAAACGAUAAAUCGUUUACAAGAGCACCUAAGAGAAAUCCAAAUCUCUGAGACAGGGAAGAGACAAACAGGAGUAGAACAACUGUUGGAACUUGUCCCUACACCACUUUUACAGAUAUCUUUCACAACGAAGCGUACAUGGUUAUUUGAUGACGAUACCCGUCAUAUCUCAUUCGUAUCAUCAGACUUUGCCUGGAUCAGCAGUCGGAACAAUCUUAAGUUAAUAUAUACAACAGGUGAGACUUUGCAUGAUAUUAAGGAUAAAUGUAAGAAAAAUGGAGUGCAUGCAGUGACAGGACAGGGAGAUCUCAUAUAUAUAGAUGAGGACUAUGAAAUUAAAAAAAAUCAAGUCAGACAUUAUAACAAAGUCAACGGUAAAGGUGACAAAAGAGCAUUGGAAGCCACACUGUCUCUAUUGUUCUCCCUCCAAUGGGAAUUUACUGAUUGGAAUGAUAAGACAGGAUACAUGUACAGCAAGGAAAACCAAAACGGAGACGUGAUUGUUUCUUACAUGAUUGAUAAUGUUUCUGAGUUAGGUUAUGUAGUCGUGACAGACCGUACAGGAAUCCAUCGUUUUACUUAUAAAGGGAGUAAACCAGGAUCAGAAUUUAAACCACGAGGAAUUUGCACAGAUGCACUGUCAAACGUCCUUGUGUGUGAUUCUACCACCAGAACAGUACAGAUGAUUAACAAGGAUGGUCAAUUUCUGUCAGUGCUACUGACAGAGCAACAAGGUAUAGAAGAUCCAUACAGUCUGAGCUAUGAUUACAAAUCUCAUCGUCUAUGGGCUAUUACUGAUAAUCCGUUAAUGCUUCAAACAAAUCUUGAAACACAACUGGUGGCUUAA